UUUUAGCUGGCGAGGCUGAGACUAAGUUUUUCGAGAAGGGAAAAAUAUGGUGAAAAACUAUUAAUUAAAAGGGAGAAGGUGAACUAUUAACAGAUUAGAAAAAUCAAAAUUAUAGAUUUUUGGGAUUCCACGAAUAGUUGCUCAUUAUGGCUUUCACAUUUGCUGCAUUUUGUUAUCUUUUUGCUCUAUUUGCCGUGGCAUUUUGUAUUUUCUUCGCCAUAUUCACAGUUAUUUGUAUCGACGAACUAAAGACCGAUUACAAAAAUCCAAUAGAACAGUGCAACAGUUUGAACCAGUUGGUUUUACCAGAAUAUUUACUUCAUAUCAUCCUUACAUUUCUUUUUGCCUUGUCGUUUCAACUUGGAGCGCUUUGCUGGAACAUACCACUUAUUGCAUACCAUAUUCACAGAUAUAUCCAACGUCCUGUGAUGACCGGACCGGGAAUAUACGAUCCGACCACGAUUCUAAAUAAGAAUGAACUUCAAAAGGCACUUAGAGAAGGCUGGGUAAAACUUGGAUUCUAUCUUAUAUCUUUUUUUAUUAUUUGUAUGCUAUGAUAUACACGAUGGUUACUUCUUCCUGAAAAACAUCUGUAGAAGUAGCGCUUAUCUUUAAUGUAAGUAACAACUGAAAGUAUGGCUGUAUGUCUUGUUUUCAACAAUUAUCUCUGUAGGUUUUAAAACUGUAAAAUAUUUGUGGGCUUUGUGUUAUCUCUUAUGUGCUUUUAUGAGCUUGAAAUAUGAUGGGUUAAUUAUGAAACAUACCUUAAAAAAACUCCACCGUUGGAAUGAAAUUUCAAAAAGAUGUACCGCUCUUUGCUCUUUUCUAUUUGUUCUCCCUUAAAAUUUCAUACAUGCAUAUUUAAAUGACUGCAAAAACUUGUUAUGCGAUCUUCGCGUUUAUUUCGGUUGUUUUCUCUCAUUAUUGUUCGUCUGUUAAGCUUAAAUAAGAAAUUGCCAAAUGUUUAUUUCUCUAAACAUAGAAACGUUUAUCAUGCUUGUUCGAAUUAUAAGAUAAAUCGACACUGCAUUACAUAAUGUCAGUCAUUAUAUUCUAAGAAUUGAUUAAGUAGUCUCGACAAUGAAACUUGCAGGAAUACUUCGUUGUAAUUGUGAAUCUCCUAACAACUUGCAGAUUUUUGUCUAGAAAAUAAUCCAGACUUUAUGCUAAACAUC